UCAAAAAAUAUCUGCCUCGAUUGUUUGAUUCUUUUCUUUUUUCUUUUUUUUCCACCGGAAAUUUCACCAAGGCGAUCUCUUUUCAUCAUUGUUUUGACUGCUGCCCCUCUAUCGUUUCCUAAUCUCUUUUUAUAUUUUUUGGGUCUGAGAAUUCGACAUCGGGAGAUGGCAACACUUGCAUCCAACAUUGUCUGCAUCGGAAAAGUAGAGAGGAGGAGGAGGUUGAAGGUAGAUUGCAGAAAGAAAGAGAAAGGAAGAGAUCAAAGCAUUUCUCCUUAUAAAGUCAUUGAAAUUACUCCCCCACCUAAGUCUCUCGGCGUUCGUUGCCUUCCUCAUAAUCUUCAGUGCGGAGAGAACGUGAUGAUCGAAGGUCAAACGUACACAAUCUCCGCCGUGACUCAUCGGUAUCAGCUCCGCAAAGGUAAGUACGAGCCUAGUGAGAGGCGGCUUGAUGUUCUCUCCGCCGCUAGAUAUGUCUUAAACCUUUAUUUCGACAAUCUGCUCCAAAAUUCUUGACCCCCUCCCCCCCCCUUUUCUUAGAAAUUUGUUUUCCCAAACACAUUAAUGUAAUAAAGAACAUGUACGAUGAUGAUGAUGAUGAUGGAUUGUUGUCAUAAUCAUGGUAAUGAUAGAAUGUAUUGUUCAUGCAGUA